AUGGAAACAACCUCAAUGGAAACUCGACAACUUCAUUCAAGUCAAAAAGAAGCAAUGAAGAAAAUAGCUGAAUUUUCAGGAGAAGAUAAUGAACUUGAUAUUGAUGAAUGGUUAUAUGAUUUAAAUAAUUUAUUUUCAUUAAUGAAAUUGAAAGAUGACACAAGAAUUCUUGAAACGAUGGGCAAAUUAACAGGACCAGCAUUACGAUGGUAUCAAGACAAUUUACGAUUAUUUACCAAUUGGAGUGAUGCUGAAAAAGCAUUACGAGAUCGAUUUAAAGAAUUUACAUCAGACAGCCAAUCAAUACAAGAAUUUUUUUAUAUUCAUCAAGAAGCAAAUCAAUCUGUUAUAUCAUUUUAUGAAAAUGUUAUUCGAAAAUACAGAAAGUUUCAGCAAUUUAUUACUGAACAACAAGUUAUUACGAGAAAUAAAAAAACAGAAGAAUGGUUGCAAGUCGCCAGAGAAGAAGAAUAUAUACACAAACGACUUCAACAAAAAAUUAAUACUUCAAAUUAUGAACCAAAAAAUCCACCAUUUUUUGAACAUGCAUUACCAACAGCAACAAUUCAACCAACAUUAACAAACGUUUCUUCAUUAAACCAACAACAGUAUACACCACGUUAUUAUUAUAAAAAACAACAUCAACAACAAUCAACAACAACAAAUAAUCGAACAUAUUCAAAACAAAAUAAUGAUUUAACUCCUCAACAGAAUCGGAAAAAUUAUCCAGGAAACCAAACACAACAAUUAAAUCCAACAACGACUGCUUUAAAUGGAUCGGAUGAUGGCGACGAUCCCUGUGGAGAAAAAACGUCAUCAACUACAACAUUUAAUCCCAUUUUUGUUAAAAUUUUAUGCAACAACACUCCACAAAAAGCACUCAUCGAUACCGGAUCGGCCAUCACUAUUAUACAUCAACAUUUAUUAAAUGAUAUACCACAUGGAAAAUUAGUACCAAAAACAAUAAAUCAUUUAUCUGCAAAUUGCUCAACAUUAAAUUUUAUUGGUGAAAUACCUUUAGAAAUAAAUGUUAAUGGAAUAAAAACAACAAUUAUUGCUGAUGUUACAACACAUUUUGUUACAAAUUUAAUAUUAGGAAGUGAUUGGAUUCAAUCAAACAACGUUUAUAUUCUUACACCUGAACAACGAAUUAUGAUCCGAAGCCAAGAAAAAAUAGUAGAAGCAAAAGUCCAACCUGACAAUAUGAAUAAUGUAUUAUUCGAACCACACCCUCGAUUGAAAAACAAAGCAUUAUUUACUGCCAACGCAUUACUCAACAUUGAAAAUAGAACAAUAAAAAUUAGUAUAAUUAAUGCAACGCAUCGACAACAAACGCUGUCCGAAGGAACCAACUUAGGUGUAGUGACACAAUUAUCUUUUACAAUUGGUGUCAUCGUAUCAUCAAAUUAUUUCACAGAACGCAUUCCGGAAGGAAAAGCGUGGGAAAAGCUCAUUCCUGGAGGGAAAGGAGCGAACAAGUCAAUUAAAUUAAAUUUUAAUGAUAUAUCAACUACAACGUCACAUAGAAAACAACAUCAAUGUCGUGAAUGUCAUCAACAUUUUAAUACUGGCAAUGAAUUAUUUAAACAUCUUAGAAAUAAAUGUUGCCCUGAAGAAAUAAGACAACAAAUAAACAAAUUAACUGAACAUAUUAAUGAUGAUAAACGACGAGAACCAAUGUUAAAAAUUUUAUGGAAAUAUGGAAAAUUAUUUGACAUUAGGAAACCAUUAAAAAUUGAUAUUGUUUUAAAAAAUGCUAUUGAUACUGGUAUACAUCGACCCGUUCAUACUCCACCAUAUAGAAAAUCCAACAAAGACCAAGAAAUCUUACGAAAAGAAACAGAAAAAUUAUUAAAAAAUGGAAUUAUUGAACAUUCAACAUCACCAUGGUCUUCACCAGUCGUUUUAGUAAAAAAGAAAGAUGAAACAACAAGAUUUUGUGUCGAUUAUCGUCGUUUGAAUCAAAUUACAACAAAAGACGCUUUUCCUUUACCAAGAAUUGAUGAUAUUUAUGAUCAAUUAACAAAAGCAACAUAUUUUACAAAAUUUGAUUUCAAAGCAGGAUAUUUUCAAGUGCCAUUAGACAAGGCAGAUCGACCGAAAACAGCAUUUUCAACCAGAGAUGGACAUUUUCAAUUUAAAGUAUUACCAGAAGGCCUUACUAAUGGACCACCAACGUUCCAACGAAUUGUUAAUCAAAUAUUAGGUCUAAAUAGAUGGAAACAUGUACUCGCCUAUAUCGAUGAUAUUAUUAUUUAUUCAAAAAAUUUUUAUGAACAUUUAGAACAUAUCGAAGAAGUAUGUUCAUUAUUACAAGAAGCAAAUUUUAAACUAAAUGUUGAUAAAUGUGAAGUUGCAAGAACAGAAAUAUUAUUUCUUGGACACUUAAUUAAAUCUGGUACUAUUAAACCUGAUCCAAAUAACAUUCGUGGCUUGGCUGAUACAAAAGAACCAACAUCAGCUGAAGAAGCAUUUAGAUUCGUCAAAGCAGCAGAAUAUUAUAGAAAAUUUAUUCUAAAAUUUUCCACAAUUGCUGCACCAUUACAUAAAUAUUCACCAGCAACACAACAACAAACGAUUAAUAAAAAAACAAAAUUUGAAUUAUCUGCUGAAGCAAGAAAAGCAUUUCACCAACUCAAGAAAAUCUUAACAACCGAUCUCAUUCUUAAUUUACCUGAUGAUACAUUAACAUUUAAAUUACAAACGGAUGCUUCAGUAGAUGGAAUUGGUGCUGUUUUAUUACAACUUACUCCCAAUGGUGAUCGACCAUUAGCGUAUAUGUCAAAGAAAUUAACAAAAACACAAACCAAUUGGCCAACAAUUGAACAAGAAUGUUAUGCAAUAGUACAAGCAAUAGAAAAAUGGGAUAAAUAUCUUCGUGGACAUGAAUUUAUAUUAGAAACUGACCACGAACCAUUAAUUCAUUUUACAAACAAAGAACAAUUAAAUAAAAGAUGUGAACGAUGGCGAUUAAAAUUAGCUGAAUAUCGGUUCAAAGUGAAGCAUAUCCAAGGCAAGAAAAAUCAUAUGGCAGAUUAUCUUUCAAGAUCACCAGUCGAAGUAGCUGAAGAAGAUAUUGAAGAACGAACGCAAUAUGAAUCAAUAGCAAUACAAACAGAUUUAUCUUUUUUAUCAUUAAAUAAUAAUUCAACUCCAUUAAAAAUGACAACAGCAAUUACUAGAGCUCAAGCCAAAUUACAACAACAAGCAAUGGCAACACCAUCUAUUAAACUCACAGUUGAAAAAAUUAAUGAGCUCAUCCCACGGGGGAAAGUAGCGACUGAUGAAGAACUGAUAAUCAAACUAUCAGAUAAAAAUUCAAAUAAGAUCAUCCCAUUUGACAUGGAUGAUUUAAGAAAACUUCAAGAAGAAGACAAAACAACUCAACAAAUUAAAAAGAAUAUUAAGAAUAAAAAACACUAUUUUAUUGAAGAUGAAAUAUUAAUUAGAAAACAACAACUACCACUUCCACCAGUACCAUACGUUCCAGUAGGACGAAUACGUGCUGAUAUAUUAAAAGUUUAUCAUGAUACACCUGCUAAUGGAGCUCAUUUUGGACGUGAAAAAACAAUAAGAAAAAUACAAGAACGGUAUUAUUGGCCAACAAUGACAGCAGAUAUAAAAAACAAUUUAAAUUCAUGUUUACCAUGUGCACAAAACAAUUAUCGUCGUCAAAAAUUACCAGGAAAAUUAAAGCCAAUACCACCACCAGAAGGAAUAUGGAAAUUACUAAGCAUGGAUUUUCAUGGUCCAAUAACUCCAACAUCAAAAAAGGGAAACAGAUACAUUAUAUCUCUAACAGAUGUAUUAUCAAAAUUUGUUAUCACAAAAGCUGUUCGAGAUUGCUCAGCAACAACAACAGUGAAAUUUCUUGUUAAUGAUGUUAUAUUAAAAUAUGGCACUCCAACAUGCAUAUUAACCAAUAAUGGCACUCAUUUUACUUCUCAAGUUAUGAACAAAUUAUUUGAAAAUAUUGGAGUCACUCAUCUUUAUUCUACAGUAUAUCAUCCACAAACUAAUGGACAAAUUGAACGAUUUAAUGCUACAAUGGAUGGAAAAAUUGCCGCAUUAUGUAAUGAACGACGAACAGAUUGGG